AUCCAAAUCAUGAUAAUUCAUCCUCUCUCUUCUCUCACUAAAUCAUGUUAAUAAUUCAUUAGAUUUUAGCCCAUAAAUAUUGUCCCUGGUUCUCUGCUCUCAUCUCAAUUUCUGCCAUGGCCAACGAGAUGCAGUCGGAGAAGAAGAAGAAGACUAGUACUGAAAAUGGCACAAUCGAGCUGCCAAAGGAGGAAGAGAUGAAGAUCAGGAAGCUUGGAGGAAUCAAAACAUUGCCAUUUAUCCUUGGAAAUGAAAUAUGCGAGAGAUUUGCAUCAACGGGAUCCCAUGCGAAUUUAAUAUCAUACUUGACCGAAAAAUUGAACUUGCCGUUGGUAAAAGCUUCCAAUACCCUCGCCAACUUUGGCGGCGCCUCCAGCUUCACCCCUCUCGCCGGAGCUCUCAUCGCAGAUUCUUUCGCCGGCCGCUUCUCCACACUAAUCCUUGGAACCUUCAUCUACGAAUUGGGAUUAAUGAGCAUUACAAUAUCAGCAUUAUUGCCCAAACUUAGGCCACCACCUUGCCCAACUCAACAGAAUUGCAAAGAAGCCACUACCACCCAACUCCUCCCCCUCUACCUUUCCCUCCUCCUUUCCUCCAUCGGCUCUGGAGGAAUCCGGCCAUGCGUGGUCACUUUCGCAGCCGACCAAUUAGACAUGUCGAAAUCAAAAGUGGAAUCCCGAAAAUGGAACUUCUUCAAUUGGUACUAUUUCACCAUGGCCGGUGCUUCUUUGGCUGCCUUAACCGGGGUUGUCUACAUUCAAGACUACGUGGGAUGGGGACUCGGUUUCGGGAUUCCCACCAUUGCCAUGGCGAUUUCGAUUAUUGUGUUUGUGUUGGGAUCUCCUCUUUACGUUAAGGUGAAGCCCGGAGGCAGCCCGUUGGUGAGAUUGACUCAAGUUGUGGUCGCCUCCGUGAAGAAGCGAAAUGUCGCCUUUCCAAUGGACCCUUGUUUGUUGUAUGAGAAUAGGCAGCUUGAUGCUCCCAUUUCUCUCAAUGGAAGGCUUGUUCAUACUAACCAAUUUAAGUGGCUGGAUCGGGCUGCCAUAGUGACAGAAGAUGACACCCGAGAUCCAUCCUACCCCAAUCUAUGGAGGCUAACCACGGUUCAUCGAGUGGAGGAGCUGAAAUCGAUUAUCCGAAUGCUUCCAAUAUGGGCAGUCGGAAUCUUGCUCGUGACAUCUCAUUCCCACAUAGGUAGCUUCACAAUCGUUCAAGCUCGAACGAUGAACCGACACUUAUCUAAAACAAGCUCAUUCGAGAUCCCUCCAGCCAGCCUCUCAGUCUUCGCCACCCUCACCGUCUUAAUCGGUCUUGUCCUCUAUGAACGUCUAUUCGUCCCAUUAGCCCGCCGCAUAACAAAAAACCCGACAGGGGUCACGUGUCUUCAAAGGAUGGGAAUCGGUCUCAUCAUAAACAUCUUGGCCACGAUUGUCUCGGCUUUGGUGGAAAUCAAACGGAAGAACGUGGCUGAAAAACAUGGUUUACUCGACAGACCGACAGUGGUUAUACCCAUAAGCGUUUUCUGGUUGAUUCCUCAAUUCUGUUUACAUGGGUUGGCUGAGGUGUUUAUGUCGGUUGGACAUUUGGAGUUUUUGUAUGAUCAGUCGCCGGAGAGUAUAAGGAGUACGGCGGCGGCGCUUUAUUGGAUGGCGACUUCGGUGGGGAAUUAUUUGGGUACUUUUGUGGUUUCGAUGGUUCAUAAAUAUACGGGGAGAAAUGGGAAUGAUAAUUGGUUGCCCGACAGGAAUCUGAACAGGGGAAAAUUGGAUAAUUUCUAUUGGCUGAUGACGGGAAUUCAGGCUGUGAAUUUUGUUUAUUAUGUAAUAUGUGCAUGGUUUUAUAGAUAUAAGCCGUUGGAAGAGGUCAAGGACGACGGCGAUGGCGAUCAUGGAGAUUUUGAACUCCAAAUGCUACCAGAGAUUCAUGGAAAGAGAAGUGCUUAAUUAAAAUCAUUUCUAUGUAUGUGGGAAAGAGAUUAAAUAAUUAAUCUCUUUUUGUUUUUAUUUUUCUUCAAGAACUCCAAAUAAUUAAAUCUUGGUCCUUAUGUUAAAUAUUUACAAUAA